AUGGGAGUGCAGGGCUUUCAGGAGUAUUUGGAAAAGCGGUGCCCGGGUGCCUCGGUUCCGGUAGAUCUCCUCAAACUGGGCCGUACUGCGAACCGAAAUCCUCCACACCACCACCACCAUCAUCCCCAUCCCCACCAUCAUCCUCAUCACCCAAACGCGCUGCCCGCUCCUCCUCCGCCGCCGGCGCGCAUCCUCGUGGACGCAGACUCGGGCCUGCAGCGCCUCUACGGCGGAUACCAGACCGACUGGGUGUGCGGCGGCGAGUGGAACGCCAUGCUCGGCUACUUGGCGGCGCUGUCGCAGGCCUGCCUGUACCAGGGCGGCCUCGAGCUCGUAGUCGCAUUCAAUGGCACGCUGGGCAAAGAGCGCUGGCCCGAGUGGGCGCGCCGAGCACAGGCCCACAGACAGACGGCGCAGCUCAUCGUCAACCACGUGGGCAGCAAAGGCACACCGCCCCCACGCGCCUGGUUCCUGCCGCCCGCCUGCCUCAGCCACUGCGUCCGCCUCGCCAUGUUCCGCUUCCGCGUGCGGGUGGUUCAGACCCUAGAGGACCACCACCAGGAGGUGCUAUCUCUGUACAGAGACUUUGGAUUUCAGGGCCUGAUUGCACAGGACUCAGAGUUCGCUCUAUGCAAUGUCCCGGCCUAUUUCAGCUCUCAUGCGCUCAAGCUCUCCUGGAAUGGCAAGAAUCUGACCACUCACCAGUACCUGCUGUCUGAGGCUGCCCGCCAGCUGGGUCUCAAAACCCAGCACCUGCCCAUCUUUGCUGCCCUGCUUGGUAACCACAUUCUGCCAGAUGAAGAUCUGGCUGCCUUUCAUUGGAGUCUCUUGGGUCCAGAGCACCCUCUUGCCUCCCUCAAGGUAAGGGCUCACCAGUUAGUUCUCCCUCCCUGUGAGGUUGUGAUUAAGGCUGUGUCAGAGUACGUUGCAUCUAUUCAGGACCUUGGGAACCUGGAUGCUGUGGCCAGAGAUGUAUUCAAACAGUCUCAGUCUCGGACCGAAGAUAAAAUCGAAAGAUUUAAGAAGGCAGUGGAAUACUUUUCAGCGGCCAGUAAACCCAGACCUCUUACCAUGGGACCUUCUCCUUACCUCUAUCCUCUCUUCUUGGAUUUAUUCACAGUGCCAGGUUUUGGGCCUUGUCAGUUUGGUGGUCCUCCAGGCCACAUGGGUGCAGUACAGCCUGGGAAAGCCCAGGUUGGUCCACCCCAGGUGUCAGGUGUUAAGGUGCCUUAUCCCGGUGGGCCCUACGGCCCCGGCCCAACCUCUGCCCUUCUGUUCCAGAACCCACCUCCACCACUGCAGGAAUGCAAUGAUUCUCUUGUUGGGAAAAUAGGUUUUGGUGAUUGGUCCGCUCCUUAUGAUUCCAGUCAAGUUGGGAACCGAAUGCCCAAUCACCACACAGCUGCUCCUUCGGGCCCUUCCCCAUCACCGUCGUCGUCUUCAGAUGGGGAGGAGCAAAAUGACACCAGCACUAAUCAUUUGGCUGAUAAGUCCUCUAGAUGGGAAGAGCCCAGUGGCCGUGGGGGUGGCGCCUCCGGGGAGGGUCCCCAAGGCAACGGGAGUGGGCCAUCUAUUCCGUCACUGCUGUCCAUGGCAACCCGGAGUCACAUGGACAUUACGACCCCACCCCUUCCACAGGUCAGCGCUGAGGUGCUACGAGUGGCUGAGCACAGACACAGAAGAGGUCUCAUGUACCCACAGAUAUACCACAUCCUCACCAAGGGGGAGAUGAAGAUGCCAGUGUGUAUAGAGGAUGAGUGCAACCCUGACCUGCCUCCUGCCUCUUUGCUGUUCCGCUCAGCACGGCAGUAUGCCUAUGGCGUGCUGUUUAGCCUGGCUGAGACCCAGCGGAGACUGGAAAGGAUGGCCAUGCGCAAGCGCACGCCACUAGAGGUGCCCCCAGUGAUAGUUAAGGAGUGGUGUGCCAGUAAGGCCAAGUCGGCCUUGACCCCCGAGCUGGUUCCAGCUAUGUGUUUCCGUGAGUGGACCUGUCCUAAUCUGAGGCGUCUGUGGCUCGGCCGUGCCUCCGAGGACCGCAGUCGACGCACACGAGCCUUCUUGGCUUGCAUGAGAUCAGACUGCCCUGCCCUACUUAACCCGUCCUGCGUGCCAUCACACCUGCUGCUCAUGUGCUGCGUACUCAGGUAUAUGAUGCAGUGGCCAGGUGGCCGCAUACUCCAACGCCAUGAGCUUGAUGCCUUUUUGGCUCAAGCGGUGUCCAACCAGCUCUAUGAGCCUGAUCAACUGCAGGAACUCAAGGUGGAGAAAGUGGAUAACCGUGGUGUGCAGCUGGCCUCUCUCUUUAUGAGCGGCGUGGACACUGCUCUAUUUGUGAACGAUGUGUGUGGCCAGCCUCUCCCUUGGGAUCACUGCUGCCCCUGGGGCUUCUUCGAUGGCAAGCUGUUUCAGAGCAAACUUGCAAAGGCUACCAGAGACAGGGCUGCUCUGCUGGACAUGUGUGAAGGCCAGGAGGAGCUGGUGUCCCGAGUCGAGAAGAUGAGGCAGGCUAUUUUGGAAGGCAUCAACCUCUCUCGGCCUCCACCACCACCCCCACCUUUGCCACCCCCAGCUUUCCUUCCCCCUGCCAUGGUGCCACCUUUCUACCCUAUGCACCCACUGUAUCCGCCUCGACCCUUGGGUUCUAUGCCUCCUCCGCACCACCAGCACCGACCAAGAGCUUUCCCAGGUAUCCAGUCUAUACCUCCUCAAGGGGGGAAGCUAGAGAUUGCUGGCAUGGUUGUUGGCCAGUGGGCUGGAAACAAACCGGUGCGUGGCAGAGGAGGGUUUAACGUACAAGUGGUAUCAGUGGGAGGAGGCAAGGGAAGGGGUAAAGAAGUGAUACCAAAAGGAAGGGGAGGAAAGAAAAUUACCACAAAUCGAACACAGAAUCUUUCCUCCUCACCUCCCUCAUCCAGCCCCCCAAAGCUGGCAGAGGAGCCCAAAACAGUGGGACGGCCUACUGAGAGAGCCGGCGUCGUAUCCCAGCAACUGAACGGCAGCUCUUCAGGAAGCACCACUGGCCAACCUGUUGACCUGCCACCACUGGCCCAGCCAAUCCAGUGUGCCUUAGCCAGCAAAGACAACCAAUCAGGAGAUGGGGUGGAGGUAGAGGCCCCAUGUUGCCUUGACGACUGCUCGUCAGAUGGUGCACUACAAAAAGAGGAGUAAUUACAUCCCAUAGUUUAACGAGAACGAUUGAGUGGAGAGGGAAUGUUCCAAGUUCGACUGCCUUUUUUUCCUUGUAAAACAUAAUUAGGCACAGUAGCCACUUCGUGUUGUCAUAAAAAAUAAUUUAUGAUGUUACAGAUGCUGGAAACUAGAGAUGGACAGUGUGAGAAGGGGUGUGGUCUAUGUCACCUUAUAACAGUAGGUUCUGAUUUGAAACUGAGCAAAGUUAAAAAAUCACAACCACUUGAUUGCACAUUGCACUGAAUCUUUUGGAUUCUGGACCUCAGCCUUUCCACUGCCCCAUCAGGGUUGUAGCAUUGUGACGAGCUCUCAGUCUUUUCACCUUUCUAACUUUUUUUUUUUUUUUUAAACAAUUUAGAUUGUUGGUUAUAUUUGUACUAUUGUCCAAGUAUGGCGACAUUUGGCCCCUUUCACCCAAAUAUAUUCUAAUUAAAUCUACACUUAUAGCCAGUACAUUGUAAGAGCAGCAUACUUAGCUUAAUUAGACCCAAAGCGUUUUUGUUUUUAAUUUUUGACUUAUUUCCAGAGAAGACCUUGUCAGCUGAACCAUGAGCCAUCAUGCAGAUUUAGUGCACCAUGGCUUUCCCCCUCCAUCUAUAUACAAAACAUUUAAUUGUUGGCAUGAGCUUUGUAUUUACUAUCUGUUAAGUAGCAAAGAACUAUUGCGUUGACAUUUUCACAUUUCUUAUAUGCAUCUAAAAUGCAUAGGUGUAGAUAUACAUCCCUUCCUCUUUGUUUUCUUUUUUCCCUUUCUCCACAUAUUUGGUGAUUUAUCAGCAAACAUUGUUGUAGUUUUUGGUAAUUUGAUCGCAGUAGAUGUCAAAACCUGCACGUUUCUUUUUUAUUUUUAAUGAUAUUCUUAUAAAUGAAUUCAUAGUACUUAAGCAGAAGCCCUUUUGCUAGUUGUAUCGCUGUAUUAUGCAGGCAAGGCAAAUAUCGAAUUAGGACCCUGUUUAGAGUUAAUAAAUUGUCCCUGCAUACAGUGAGAGACUCCAGUGCCGUCGUAGGUUAGCGUCCAAGGGACUGUCCCGACAAAUAGUGAUACGGCUUCCAGUGAAUUUAAAGCUGCUCGAUUGUGAGAAUAGCAUCAGUUUCUACUCAUUAUUAGGCAAUAGCACGGUUUGUUUGAAUCCCUUUAAGGGGAUUGUCAUAUUUUGUGUUUUUAUAACAGUACACUUUGAAAAUUAAGUUUGUUUUGCAGCAUACAAUAAGGGUCCAAAAAAUCCUGAUUUUUUUGUUGCAGAAAAAUGGCUUCGUGUCACGAUGAUGAUGACGAACUCUCAGUUGUUUAUUCGUUUUCAGUCAUCCAGAUUCUGCUGAGAGGUAUGAUGUAAAAAUAAAACAAAGUACAUUAGAUGUGAGGCUGCUGAUUUUGCCAGUCAGGGAUGGUAUUGCUUUGCUGUCUCUUCUUUCAGUAGCUUUUUCAUACAGCAAUACUGAAUUAUUUUUUUAAUGUUUCCAACAUCACCUAUUCAGUCAACACUUGUGAUCCUCAUCGACAGAGCUGCUAAAUAGGGUCAUCAAUUUUUAUUUUAAUUUUUUUUUUUUUUUAAAGCACCUUAUGCCCCGAGAUAUAGCUAUUGAUAUGCAAACCCCAGCACUAAACCGUAAAGGAAACGCCCCCUGGAAUGGAUUGUAAACCCAACUUAAAGCACUUACAUUAUUUAUGUACAAUUAUAGAACUGCAGUCCUUAGUCUACGUAAGACCAAGAAACUGGACAUAAAGAAGUCAAACUCCCAAAUUUGCAAGACAAUUGGGUGGAAAAUCCCACACCGUUCCAUUACGUUAACACAUGGUGUUCUGUUUCUGUGACGUUAAACCCGUACGUGUCGUUUCUACGAUUGACCAUGAACCUUGUGCACUUUUCAGAGAGCAUUUUAUCGGGGUGGGGGUGGGGGGGUAGAUGGGUCUAAAGUAGUCUGUUCGACACGAAAAUCUUGCGGCUUGGAAACUCGACUUUACACCUUCACAUGAAGGGAGUGCUCCUUCGGGAACUUUUUUUUUUUUUUCUUUUUUUUUUUUUUACUACGAAUUACGGAGAUGUCGGGAGCGAGCUUCGAUUUGUAUGAAAGAACAAAUACACUAGACUUUUGACAAAUAAUUUUAAUUAGAAAUCUCUAAUACAGAAUUUCAUUGGUGUCUGUGCAGGCAUGUUAAUAAGAUGCACCUUAUUUUGUUACGAUAUGGAUAGAUGAUAGUUUAUCGUGUGCCACAAAUAGUAUAUCAAAAGCUCUAAAUAACGCCGGAUGACAGACAUAUUUAUGCUUGUAUGUUCUAAAGGUUUUGCGGAAAUCCCCUCCAUUUAGUUUGACUUGUUUAAGUUUAUAUACGUAUACCGCACAGAUAUACACAAAUAGUCAGCAGUAACCUUUUUACACACACCGUGUCCAGGUUCAUGUCCGCUAAGGACAUGAUGCGACCGUCUUAGACACGUAUGAACUAUGAUAGAUCGGUAUUAAUCGAGACCUUAGCAUUGCAAAUACUGUACGCGAACCCGUACGAUACUACACACACGCACGCGGGCGCAGGCGAUUGUUCUGAAGCUCAGACUUUGGUCGUUGCGCGUGAUGAAAUUUCAGCAGUGCUCGUAAUGGAAGGAUCUUCCAUCAUGAAUUAAGUACACCAUACACACACACACACACACACACACACACAUAUAUAUAUAUAUAUAUAUAUAUAUAUAUAUAUAUAUAUAUAUAUAUAUAUAUAUAUAUAUAUAUAUAUAUAUAUAUA